AUGUACAGGAAGCUUGUUGGGAGUUUGAGGUACCUGGUACACACAAGACCAGACCUCAAUUACAGUGUUGGAGUGGUGAGCAAGUUUAUGCAAAGUCCUAAACAGAGUCACUAUGCUGCUAUAAAACAUAUCUUGAGAUAUGUGAAGGGAACAACCCAGUAUGGGCUAAAGUAUCACAAGGGAGGCGAUGGAAGACUUGUGGGAUACAGUGACAACAGCUACAACAGUGACUGUGAAGAUAGAAGGGGAACCACUAGAGUAGCUUUCUACUACUCAGGAAAUCUUAUAACAUGGGCUUCGCAGAAAUAG